AUAAUGAUGGCAAUCCCCAUUCUAAACAUUCUUGGUAACAAGAAGGACCUAACCGACAAGAGAGUUGUACUAGCAUAAAAAAAACCAAGCAACCUAAACUGAGUUUGCGAAGAUCCAAAAGAGAUAAAGAUAAAGAUGAUCCAAGAGCUGUUGGAUGGUGCUAGUGCUAGUGUCAUAGCAGGAGAAAGGAAAAUCUCCAUUAAUGAAGGAAGAGGACUUCUUCUAACACCACCUACAUCAUCAUCUCUUUCUUCCACAAUAACUAUCGCCACUACCACCGUUACUGCCACCACUACCACCGUCACUUCCUCGAGUUCAGAGAACCAGAACUUGAGGUGUCCCCGUUGUGAUUCAUCAAACACGAAGUUUUGUUACUACAACAACUACAACCUCACUCAGCCUCGCCACUUCUGCAAGACAUGCCGUCGUUACUGGACCAAAGGUGGUGCUCUCAGGAAUGUUCCCAUCGGAGGUGGCUGCCGGAAAAACAAGAGCUCCGCCGCUGGCAUGUCCAACUCGUUGGCGGCAAAGCAAACCGCCUCAAAGAUGAAAGCGGUAGCAUCAGAGUUUGGAAGGUCACCAGGAUUCUUCGACCAAGAGCUUCCACAAACCCCAAUCCUGUGGGGUUCACCGCAAAACACUCAACUGAUGGCUUUACUAAGAGCUUCACAAAACCAAAAUCAAAACCCUAACCCUAACCCUAGUCCCAUGUCAAUUGCUGUCAAAGAAGAAGGGAACUUAAUGGGAUCCCAGUCCCACAUGAUGACUGAGCCAUUAAAUGGGUUGAUGAAUCCUAGAACACUAGGCUAUGAUGGUGUUGGAGAAUUUCCUUCACUUGGUCUAUGCAGCUCUUUUUGGAGGAACAAUCAAGAUCAAAAUCAACACCAAAACAACGGUUUUGUACUUGGAGAACAUCAAAGUAGUGGAGUUCAAGAACUUUUCCACAAGCUCAGAUCCUCUUCAUCUGUUAAUUAUUGCUGCAGUGAUAACUCACCAGUGUUUCUGGACAACGUGGCUUCUUCAUCUUCUUUGUCCAACAUUUUGGAGUCAUCUUCAGUUUCUGCGAGUGAAUUCGGGUGCUGGAAUAUUCCAACCCAUUCCUGGUCAGAUCUUCCCACAACCCAUGGAGUAUAUCCUUAAUUAACCACAAUAACUAAUUUCCUCUUUUUUGUUCACUGUUCAAAAUUUCUUUUCACGCUAGAUAUAUAGAACUCCUUAAUUUAUAGUUUAUAGGUGUUAAUCUGUAUUUUAGAGUCUUCUAUUUUGUGUUUGUUUGGUUGUUUUAGGGUGGAUAAUUUAAGAAUAUGUACGUGUAGGUAGCAUUAGAUUUUUUAUCUAGCGUCUUUCUAUAUUCUGUAUUUUGGUUAAUGGUGUUGGUGGUGUGUUUAGCUUAAUUCCCUCAAAUGGUAUUUCAAGAACUACCAGAGUUUGAAAUGAAUGGAAACAUAACGUUUCUUAAUUGCUUAUUA